AGUGACGCUACCCUUUUAAAGGGGCGGAGUAAAGCGCUCGAUACUGGGGGUUUUUUCGUGUAGUUUCGAGGACCUUUGGAUAGAGAGACAGAGAGAGAGAGAGGGGGCGAGGGAGCGAAAGAGAAAGGAAGGCAGUUUAUUCGAAGUGGAGCUUUGGCGAGCUGGCAGAGAGAGAGAGACAGGCGCACGAUCGGAGGAGGAAGAAUUUUUCUGGACUGCAAGAUAGUGAAAUACCAACGCCGUGUCAGUUGCACUGCUGUUCGAGCAUGGUUACAUUGCUUCUCAUCGUGUUCCUUAAUCUCUGGGCAGUUUCUGAUGCCCAAAACGUGAAGGUGGAACGCAAUGUUUUUGGAUAUGUGGGCCAUCAGGCAGUACUCCGAUGCCAGAUUGUUGACCUUGAUAAUUCCCUCCAAGUCACACAGAUCACCUGGAUGAAGGACCCCGCCAGUGCCAAGAUCAACCUGGCAGUGUACAAUCCUGAUUUAGGCACCAAUUACCCCACCGAUACUGGGGGACGCAUUCACUUUCGUCAGCCCAGCGAUAGGGAUGCCACAUUGGUCAUCGAGCGCCUGGAGAUGGCAGACGAGGGGAUGUACAGCUGUGAGUUUGCCACCUAUCCUGAUGGCAACCAGGAGGCUGCCACCAACCUGACAAUCCUAGCCAAGCCUACAAAUGAUGGCACCGCGAUCGUGGUGAAGGCCGGGCCUGCUGAAGUUCCCGUGGCAGUGUGCAACUCAGCCAACGGCAAGCCGGCAGCAUCCAUCAGCUGGUCGGGGAAUGUUGAGGGGAAUGCCUCCUACGUCACGACAAAGAACAGCGAUGGAACCUUCACGGUGAAGAGUGAAUACAAGGCUGUCCCCAGUGGAGAGAUUGACGGGGUGCAGAUAACUUGUUCAGUGAAUCAACAGACUCUCAAACAACCAGCAGCCAUCCCUAUCACACUUUCAGUGCAAUACGUGCCCAUAGUGAUUAUCGAGGGAUAUGAUGACAAUUGGUACCUGGGAAGGGACCAUGCUUCCCUGACAUGUAGUGCCAAAGCAAAUCCAUCAGCAAAAUCUUACACAUGGCUCAUGAAUGGUGAAGCUGUUCCUAGUUCGGCCCAUGUGGUCGGACACCAGCUUACCGUGAACAAAGUGACUUACGCUGUCAAUGGCACCUUCACUUGCCAGGUCACCAACAGCCUCGGAGAGGGACGUGCCAAGAUGGAUGUUCUUGUUCGUGAACAAGAGGUGGCACAGUCGAGCAAUGCAAGAGCCAUCGCAGGCGGUGUGAUUGGAGGGAUCUUGGCGUUGCUGCUUAUCAUCUUCCUGGUUGGCUUCUUCCUGCACAAGCAGCAGAGCGGAGCUGCCGGCUCGUAUGACCCCAAGAGGCGGGUUUUCGGGACGGGCAAUGGCGCACCCCAGCCUGACUACACCUACCGGCCGGACUCUGACUCCGAGAAGGGCCCCAGUGUCACCGUGACGCCCAGCACCACGGUGGAGGGCCACCACUCCGGGGAGGCUGAGAACUUGCUGACGAGCGAACCCCACGAUUAUGAAAAUUACAAGAGUCGGGAGGGGGAUGAGGAGGAAGGGGAGUCUGGCAUCCCGAGGGGGCCCGUGGUCCCCCUCCCAGGCCUCCAUAGGGACGAAGUGCAAAUGGAGGACGAUAUGGAAUCUCAACGCGACGGCUCCAUCAUCUCCAAGAGAGCAGUCUACGUCUGAGUCCUGAGACCCCCUCGUCCCAUUCCCCCCAGCCCCCCCGCAACCACCUCAUGUGUCUAAGUUAUCCCUUCCAAUAAACUGAAAUCAGAGAGGAGGAUGUCGACAGGAAGUUGAUAAACUGUAGUGUGUGUGUGUUAACAAAAUGGCGAUGAGGGAACGAGGUUAAUGUCUGGACUGACUGCUGUUUGAUGAAAUGGGGGAGGCAACAAUGGGUGGGGGGGCCGGUGGUGGGGUGUGUGUGAAGGGAAGGGGGUCAAAGCCUGCACUGACCGGCCUUUGACAAAAUGGCAGGCUGGAGGGUAAGAGGGUCAUCGUCUGGACUGACCUUGUGCUCCCACCUUUUUUUUUUUUUGGACAAUUUAUACUCUCACCCGACUUGAUUAUGGGUUGCCAACUCUGCUUGGAGUCCGUCCCUGGAGGUUUUGUCACCUGAUCAAACCACCCCACCCCAUCUCCCCAGCCUCCUGCCAUGGGUGGCCCACCGUGUGAGUCAUCUUGAGGCCCCUCCCCCAAAUUGGACAACCAACUGGAUCUUCCACACCUUAUUUGGAUGAUUAUGGUGUUGCCAUUUAAAAAGGCUCUUACGAAAACGUAUCAGAGAUGGGAGUGAGCGGGAUCGCUGUUGAGGAAAUGGUCGGGAUGGUGGUUGCUUCCCCCACUGUUUUUAUUAAUGCCUCUUUGUGAUUUAGUCUCGCUGGUGAUGCCGGACUGAGGACUCCAGGGUAAUCCCAGGAAGGGUCGGCAACUCUACUUGCUAGCCAGUCGCGUGCUGGUUGUCUCAUUUCAUGCGACCAGAUCCGGGCCUUCCUGUAAAUCUUGAGCAUUUAAAAAUGUUUUAAAAAUGAGCCGAUUGUCUCUGGUUUACACACUGGUAGCUUUGAACAGGGCGUGAGAAAGCAGAGCAAAGAGACUGAUUAAACACUGGGAGAUUCAUCUCUGGCCGACGAAUGUGCUCGAUCUGGGUUUGGGAGCUAUAUCGGAGAGCACUGUAGCCUGUCUUGCUAACUACUGAAAGGGGGCUCUUAGAACUGUUGCAAAGUGAACAUUACUGGUAUUUUGUGGUUCGUUCAUCAUUUUGAUACCAAGCUCAACUUGCUUUUAAAAUUUGUAAAUUCCCCACUUGUUAAUAUGAAAAUUUUUUUGUGAAGAUAAAAAAAAAUUUUGAAUUUGA